AUGUUAGCAUCAAUGAAUGAUACUAAUUUACCUAUUACUGGUAUUUGUCUAGUUUCAAAACCAAAUAAUGUACCAACUGGUUACAUAUGUAUUCGAAAAGUUUCUGAUGAUCCAUCACGUGAUGCUGAUCUAAUGACUGAUUCAUUACUUGAACGUAAAGAUCGUUUUGUUUGUAUUACACGUAUAUUUCCAUUAGCUGGUAAUACAACAUUAGUUUUGGAAGAUAUUAAACUUAUUAAUGAACGUGAUACUCCACCACCUAAUUAUUUUGCAUUACUAGAAACAGUAGAUACAAAAGCUAAAGGUACAGUUAAACGAACAAUAUGUGUUAAACUUGUUGAACGACAAGCAGGUAUGAAAUGUAUAUGUGAUGUCAUAUUUCUUUAUCGCUCAAAACGACCACCACAAUUUUAUACAUUAAUUGGUGAUAUUAAUGGUUUACAAAUGUGUGUUAAAGAAGGUACUGUACCACCAUUUCGAGCACCACCUCCUGUACCAUUAUCACAAACAUCAUCAAAUCUUUAUCCAAAUUCAAUGAAUGAACAAUCAUAUUAUGGAUCUCAACAACAAUAUCAUACAUCAGAAAAUCAAUAUUCAAAUACAAUUCCGAAAAAAAGUGAUGAAAAAGAUAUACUUGAAGGUAUUCCAUUUGUAAUUAAUCCAAAAUAUUUAUCUGGAAAUCGUACUGGUGCUAAUAAUUUAUCGGGUUUAGAUUCAUUUCGUAUACUUUCACCUUAUGAAAUUGAACAAUGUUAUAAUUAUGAUUUUAGUCUUGAACAAUCUUUUCGUUAA